GGGUCAGUGAAACCUUAAGAAACUUUCGUAUUUGUAUAAAUUGAUUCAGAGUUCUAACCUAAACCUCGCGUGCUCUUAUUUCCCCACAAACCCUAUUUCGGCCGCGGCUCCGCCAUUGAAGCUCUGCUACGAAGCUCUCUUUACUCACUGUACGUAAUACGAGAUGAAGGUUGUUGCUGCAUACUUGCUCGCUGUUUUGGGAGGGAAGAGCAGCCCCUCAGCUGCUGACUUGAAGGACAUUCUCGGAUCAGUUGGAGCUGAGGCAGAUGGUGACAAGAUUGAGUUGCUAUUGUCCGAAGUCAAGGGAAAAGAUAUCACAGAGCUGAUUGCAUCUGGAAGGGAGAAGUUGGCAUCUGUUCCAUCUGGUGGUGGUGCAGUUGCUUAUUCUGCACCUGCAGCCGGCGGUGGUGGUGGGGCUGCUGCUCCUGCCGCUGCUGAGCAGAAGAAGGAGGAGAAGGUGGAAGAAAAGGAAGAAUCAGAUGACGAUAUGGGUUUCAGCCUUUUCGACUAAGGGAUUUUUGUUCGGAGCUUUGCCUGUAUCAAGACUUCAUCUUUAUAUUUUUGGGACCAAUGCUGUGUUUUUAAGUUUAUGUUUGUAGUUGGAUAUGGUACUGGAUCUCUAAAAUUUUGUUUAGAUAUGCAAGUGAUAGAAGAUGUUUGCUUUA